AGCAAACCCCACCCUUCACACACAUUCAAGUGACUCAUCCCAACCCUUAUAAAUCUACCUAGGUACUUCAUAUAAGCCAAGUAAAGUCUCCGCUAGUUUAACACGAAGACUUCACUGCAAUGGAGAAACAAAAAGCCUCAAAAUUUACGAUACGACAGCCAGAAUACCCACAAGAUCUCCCAACUAUCCGAGGACUUUUCACUGCAUACGCUCUUUCUCUAAGCAUCGACCUCUCCUUCCAAAACUUCGAGAGCGAACUAUCUUCCUUGCCGGGAAAAUACUCAUCACCACAUGGCGCACUUCUAAUUGCAUUCCUAAACGAAACCGUUAGUACUGAAGCCAUUGGCUGUAUUGCUGUUCGACCACUUUCUUCAGUCAAUAAUGGAACUGACAAGAAGGUCGGUGAGAUGAAGAGACUAUAUUGUACUCCUGCUGCUCGAGGCCUCGGUAUUGGACGAGCACUAGCUGAGAAGAUUAUCAAGAUGGCAGAAGAUUUGGGAUAUGAUGAGAUGAGGUUGGAUACUUUGCCAUCGAUGGAGGGAGCGAGGAAACUGUAUCAGAGCUUGGGAUUUGUGGAGACUGAGGCGUAUUAUGAUACACCGUUAAAGGGUACUAUUUUCCUUUCUAAGAGAUUAAGUCCUAGGUGAUGUUGAAGGAAGUCUAUUGCAAUGAUGAGGAGAGACUAGGAGAUUUUGGGAGCUCAAAGUUCGAGGAUGAUGGGACUCCAGACCUUUGGGAGAAAGAACAGCAGAGAGCUUUUCCAGAGGGACCAUAAAAACAGAAAUCACGCUAUAAUUGUGCAUGUAGAGACUGUCAUGAUACCAGCGCAUACUUGAUUUGG